CAGUGUGAAAACCAAUUUUUUACAAAAAAAAUUGUGUGCGCGGCAACAUCGCAAUCGAAAAUGUAAAAUGGCUGUGCAACUUUUAAAUGUGACCAAAAUCCUUCAAAAACUAACGAUUAACUCGAAAUGUAGAAUUGCACCUGCAUUAAUAAAGAACGUAAACGAAAAUGUAAUCCAUAAAGAAGUUAUCCUGACAAAUUCAACAAGAAACACGAACUUCUUCAAUAAACUGCCUGCUCAUGAUUUGUGGAAGGGAAUAACUUCUGUAAGUAAUGCCGGUAAAAAACGUGGUCGUGGUAAAAACGUGUCGAAAAAGAACAUCAAGGAUUUAAACAGGGGUCAAGUAAUUGGAGUCGGUAAAGCAAAUAUAGUAUGGCCUGGUUUAUCGGCACCUAUCAUAAGAGGCAAAGAAUUAGUCACACAGCACCAGCUACCUGAGGAUCCUGAAAGACAGAAAAAAUUGAUCGAAUUGAGGGAUAAAAUGGGGACUUUUAAGUAUGCCAAAUUGAGUCCGAUUGAAAGAGGUUGGUCGGGUACUAAAAUGCCUGGUAGGAGUAUUGGGCCCCCAGAUCCAAUAGGGGAGGAUACUUUUGACGGGUUUGACACUAAAGUUUUGGAGUUAAAAACUGUGUUUAAUAUGAAGGGCAAUUUUGGGAGGAAAAGGAGGUUGUCUGUUAUUGUAGUAACUGGGAAUUCUAAUGGUAUGGCUGGAUUUGCUAUGGGUAAAGGUUUAGAACCUAAAACAGCAUUAAGAAAGGCUAAGAAUAGGUCUGCCCAAAAGUUAAUGCAUAUUAAGAUUUAUAAGAAUCACACAGUUUUUCAUGAUUUCUUUACACAAUUCGGACAAACUAAAAUUUAUGUAAGCCAAAAACCUGAAGGAUAUGGAUUGGUGUGUCAUAGAGCCAUAAAAACAAUGUGUGAAGUGAUUGGCAUAAAAAAUCUUUAUGCUAAAGUUGAGGGAUCUACCAAUGUAAAUCAUAUUAUUAAGGCGUUUUUCCUUGGACUCACCAGACAAAAAACUCAUGAAGAAAUUGCAGAAGAAAAAGGCCUCCACUUGGUAGAAAUCUGCAAAGAAAACGACUUUUUCCCAACUGUAAUAGCCUCUCCAAAGGAAGUGAAAAAAGCUGAAGACAUUUCAAAGGAUGAAAUCAUUGAUUACCAUCAAUACUGCUUUAAUGGAAAAGUAGUGUACAAGAAAAAGAGGCACCCUCCAUUUUACACCAAGUACAAGUCCUAUGAACUUUAUUUGAGGAAACAAGAAAAAUUGAGAAACCAAAGUGACGUGAAAAAGAGCCUAAUUGCAGAGUAUGGCGAAAUUAGGAGUUUCCUAGCUGAUAAGUACCCUGAAUGUGUUCAAUAUAGACGACCCAAGAGGGAGGAACCUGAACCUGAGGUCGAAGAUGAAUAAAUUUAUUAUUGUUAGGUGAAUAAAGUUAUUUAAGUUUUUAAAUUGUUUUUUAUGAUUUUAUUUGCUGUUAUUUUCUUUGUUAAAAACAACUUAUUUGUAAAAAUGUUUUUUUUUUGAGAAUACAUCAGCCAAUAAAAGUAUAUUGAAAUCUUA